GACACAUUCCUAGCUCAAUGGUUAUGUUUAUAUGUCUGUAUUAUUUACGCUGCUCCCCCGAAGUAUUAUAACUCGUGAUGAUUAUGCAAUGUACUGCUGGAAGUGGCGACUGUAAAGUAAGGUAGCCCCAGAGGAGGUAUCUUAUGGUUUUAGCUAAAAUAUGUUACAUCCACAUACUUUUAUUUAGCGAAGUAAGAUUGUAUAGCGUUACAAAAAAAGGAGGAACCAAACAAGAAAAGUACAUAAAAGGCAUCAUGGACCAGUCAUCAUACCGUUUGCUGCAGAUUCUGUCCUUGGCAUGUCUGGCCUGUAGGCUCACUUCUAGUUCUUUCAAAAACUACGGAACAAUAAUCCCACAAUCUCCAACAGUGGAAAUUGGAAAGGAAUUCACCGCUACCUGUGUAGUCUAUGAAGCUGCUAAAGCCACAGUGGAUGACAUCUACUGGACGAGUGGUGGCGUCAUAGUGCCCAAAGAGCAGUACACCAAGAUCAACGACUCAGCUGUUAACGUAACCAUUCCUAUCACCAGGGAAACUGGAAAAUGGUUACUUUGUAAAAAGAAUGAGUCUCCCUCAUCCUUAAACAAAAGUAAAACAAUCCACGGGAUUGAAUUGACCAAAGGGUAUCCUCCUGAGAAGCCUGAGAAUUUGUCCUGCAUGGCUGUCCAGUUCGACCAACAGAUUUCCUCCAAUGUGACGUGCACAUGGCAGCCUGGGAAAAUGGACGAGAAGAUAAGCACAACAUUCACCUUGUUUGGAAGUGUAAUUGCCGUAAACCAGAACUACAGCACAAAAGCUCAGAGAAGCAGUGGAUGCAUCUACUUUGGCAACUUUCCAAACUAUAUGGAACUGGAUAUAUGGGUAGACGUGGAAAACAAUUUGGGGAAGGUUCGAUCGGACGUUCUGUUCAUAAUUGAUCCGAAUGAAAUGGUGAAAACGAAUCCCCCAUUAGACGUCAAUAUUAUUUCAGAGAAGAACUUUUCCAGGACCCUCUUAGUGAGCUGGAAGCACCCUAUCCAUGAAACUGUUGUCAAACUGAAAUACAACCUCAGGUUCUGCACUGUGGGCUCUGGAGACUGGACUGAGGUACCCCCAAAUGACACUGAAAGUAGCAAGGAGUCUUUCCGUCUCCAAUACCUUAAGCCAGACAUGGAGCACGUAGUGCAGGUCCGCUGUAUGCAUCACACGGGCUACGGCUACUGGAGUGACUGGAGUGCGAACUCUACCGCCAGGACCCCAGAGGACAAGCCUACAAGUAAACCAGACCUAUGGAGAGUGGUCAUUCCCAGUCAAGGCAAAAGUGAGCGGCGAGUGGAAGUGAUAUGUAAGGAUCCAGUGGAGUCUAAUGGAAGGAUACGAGGCUACAACAUCAAGAUCCAAGAUGGAGCCUGGGAGGUUGUGCCGGUCAAUGGCUCUGAGCUGAACUCUAGGUCGCAGGAGAGGAAAAUGAUCCCCCUUUACCAGAUUCCACUGUCUGACAAGAGAAGAGGCUCCAUUGAAUUGAAGGCCUGGAAUUCUGUUGGCGAGUCUCCCCGAGCUUCUUUGGGCAUUCCUAAAUUGGCCCACGAGCCCCCUCCAGUGGCAUCGCUCAGUUGUUUUAACCAGGACAGGAGGCUGUGGGUGGAGUGGCAGCCGCCCAAUGUGGAGGCCACAGGGGUGACUGAGUAUGUCCUGGAGUGGGUUUCGGUCAGUGACGGCGCGAUUGACUGGCAGAGAGAACCUAGACACAACAGGAAGGCACCCAUUAAAGGUACCCUUCAGAGAUUUAAGCUCUACAGUAUAUCUGUGUAUCCCAUGUACUCUGGGUGGACUGGGAAACCAUUAACCACUGCAUGCUUUCUGGAACAAGGAGCUCCACUGGAGGGUCCCUCUGUGAAAGUGAGGAGAACAGGGAAGAGCAACGCUGAGGUGGAAUGGAUGGAGAUUCCGCUGGACAAACGGCGAGGCUUCAUCACAAACUACACAAUAUUCUACAUCACGGGAGGCAAGGAACACUCAAUAGUUGUCUCCCCGGACACCUACUCUUACACAGUGGAGGGCCUGGCCAGCAACAGUAAGCAGGUGGUGCGGAUCAUGGCCUCUACAGUACAAGGCUCGACAAAUGGCUCGGACUUGUCGUUCAAUACUCUGAUGUAUGCUCCUGGGCAGAUGGAAGCCACCGUGGUGUCUGUGUGCAUCGGCAUCCUGUUUGUCAUAGUGCUAACUGUGUCCCUCUGCAUGUACAAAAUUGACUUGAUAAAAAAGAUCUGGCCACCGGUUCCAGAUCCCUCCAACAGUACUAUCGCUAACUGGUCGCCUGAUUUCCCCACCAAAGCUGUCAGUCCCAAGGAGAGUGUGCUGGGCGACGUGAGUGUGGUGGAGGUGGACGUAUUCGACAGGAAGUCGCUGUGCGAAGAGGAUAAGGCGGGCCUGCCGCUCAAGAAGGACAAGUACCUGUCGGAGGAGCACAGCAGCGGCAUUGGCGGCUCUUCUUGCAUGUCGACGCCACGACAGAGCGUCUCGGACAGCGAGGAAGGCGGUGACUCGGGCCAGACCACGACCAGCACCGUCCAGUACUCGUCGGUGGUGGCCUCCAACGGCUACAAGGGCCAGUCCCCUUGUACUCUGCCCCAGUCCCCCUGCACUCUGCUCCAGACCCCCCAGUGCGGCUCCUCACAGUCCCAGACGCCCAGCUUCGCCCGCUCUGAGUCCACCCAACCCCUGCUGGACAGCGAAGAGAGCCAGGAGGGCAGUGGGCAGUCCCACCAGCGGAACCCCUACUUCAGCCGUUCACCUGUGGCUAGCGAAAGCAGAGACCCGGGGGACAGGAACCAGCUGGAGAUGGAGGAGCAGGGGUUGGCUUCGCUCCGGUUCUGCCCUCUGGAGGAGGGGUCACAACAGACCACGCCCACAGAUGAGGGACAGUCCCCUGACGAACAGCCAGGCCCCGUUCCUAGCUAUAUGCCUCAGCUGAGGGGCCACAGGCAACCGUGUUAGGAGAGGAGAACAAAUGGUGACUUUAGUUUGAAGUCAUCUCACUUCAUUCAUUUAUCCCUCCUUUGUGCCUUGGUUCAUUUCAGACAUUCAUUUAUCCCUCCUUUGUGCCUUGGUUCAUUUCAGACAUUCAUUUAUCCAGCCUUUGUGCCUUGGUUCAUUUCAGACAUUCAUUUAUCCAGCCUUUGUGCCUUGGUUCAUUUCAGACAUUCCGUUCAAGAUUUAAAAUGAUUAAUUACGUCGGCAUAUUAUUUUUGCACCCAUCCUAACUUGCCUCCAUUAAAUCUCUUUUUAAGUGGAUGACAGUUUGGCUCCAAGCCUUCAGCUUGUAUGUGGAGUUUUUGUUUUAACAUUCCAAGAAGCAAAUGGACCACUUUUUCAUGUUAUCAUCAUAGUGUAAUACAUGUGAUUCUGGCAGUGUAUAACAUCUUUUCACUUAGCAACCACCAUCUCAAUCAGUUCACAUGACAGACAGGAGUUUAUAGACACAGGUCAGGCAUUACUAAUCAAUGAUGAACAUCUGAUUUUCAUCCUUACAACACAUAUGCUGUACAUGAAUGUAAUUAACAGAUCUCGUCGGUCUCAAACCGCAAUGUCCCAGAGGAGCUAGGCACCAAACAGUAGAAAACAGGGAGGAGCUACAUGGACCUGUCCAAUAAGAAAUGCUCAUUUUCGCUAGUCGGCCCUAAUGAAGAUGACUGUGUUCCCAGGAUGGUAGAUUGAAUGGUAAAGUGUUCCAGUGUGGCAUAUUUUCUUUUUUCUUCAUAGUAACUAGGACCAUGUCUAUGGACUGAAUUAAUGCCUCACAAUGAAAAGUUUACUCAAUUUAAAAGCCUCUUCAGUAGCUAGUGAGCUUUGUACUGUUUAUCAUUCGUUGUGUUAGCUUCACCUGUCGUCUGAAGAGCAUAGUCUAGAAGUGGGCGCUGAUCUCUACAAACUGGCCAAGUUGAAUUUUAUAGUGCAUUUGGAAAGUACUCGGACCCUUUCUCCACAUUUUGCUAUGAGACUCAAAUUUAGCUCCGGCGCAUCCUAUUUCCUUUGAUCAUCCUUGAUGUUUCUACAACUUGAUUUAUUGGACAUCAUUUGGCAAGGCGCGCGCACACACCUGUCUAUAUAAUGUCCCGAAACAAAAUGUGGAAAAAGUCCAGGGGUCUGAAUUCUUUCCGAAUGCAGUGUAGAAUAGAAAAGAGGACUUAAAGGAAGCCAACAUGUGACACUAACCAACACAACAGGACCCCUUGAAAUAUGCUACACUGGUCAGUAUAUGACUGGUGACAUGGUGUCAUUUCAGGUAGGGAAUCGGUAGAAAAACUGUUUGACAAAUGUAUAUUUGCCUUUUUACAAUGCCUUAAGAAUUUUUAUUCAAGGUCUACUUGACAUGCCGUUAUGAAUUCUGCUCCAAGUCAUCUUUAGACUUGAUCUGUUGCCAAAGACCUUAAUACCCAGGAAUUACAAAAUGUUUCAUGUUAAUUUCAAAAUUCUAUAAAUUACUACUAUUUUUGUUUUUAAAUACAAGAUUUUUAUUUUAAAUUGAUCGGUUAAUAAGGACAUUGUGGUUAAAUUUAACGAAAGGUAAAGCAGUGCUAUGCAAGUUCCCUGCCCAUCUGGUUCCAGGUCAGAUUUUAGAGAGAUUACUGGUACAGUAUUAUAUGUACUGAAAAGGAAGAUUAUGUAUUAUUUCUUAUAGGUGUAUCUUUUUAUUUUUUUAUAUGAAUUUUUGUCUUGUCAUGAAAAUAGUUUGUUUGGAAUGUACAGAUCUCAACUGGACCUCCAAAUGAGUUUCUACAGCAAGGAGUAUGCUCAGAAAUUAAUGUAUGUUUACCUACAUUUGAAUGUUGCUACUUAUGAAAACUAUUAUGACAUCACUCAGUUAACACUACAUUUCCAUUGUAUACAGAGAACAGCCUAGUAUUUCACUGCAUGCAACCAUAACAUGCACCCUUUUUGGAGCAGUCUUAAGAAUGAAAUAAACUAGUUUAAAUGCC